AUGACAUUACUAAAGAGGACAAACCUCAUCUACAUUACAGCAUUUGCUAUUCGAUUAGCCAUGUUUAAUUUUCCUUCAGUCGCAAAUACACUCGCUGAUCGUAUUGAACUCUCAACUCCCAUUACAAGUUUUAAGCGAUUGACAGAAGGCAUUUAUUUAUAUAAUCAUAAUGUACCUCCUUAUGAUGGUGAUGCUUUCCAUCAGUUACCUUUAUUACUAUGCCUAUUUUCAUUCAUAAUGUCUUUUCCAUUUUCUAAUACAAUCCCCUUUUUGUAUAGUACAGUUGAUAUUAUUAUUGCAUAUGCGCUUUCUCGUAUCGCUCAACUCAAAGAAAAUACUACUAUUUCCCCUAGUACAGUAGCUGCACUUUAUCUCUUUAACCCUUUAACCAUCUUAUCUUGUGUAUCACGCUCAACCAUCAUCUUUACUAAUUUUAGUAUGGUCCUUAGUCUACUUAGUGCUCUUAAGGGACACAGCCAUCAAGCCAUGUUUUGGAUUGCCCUGGGUGCUUACCAAAGCCUUUAUCCCAUUAUGUUAGUUCCUGUUUUAAUCAUGAUAUUAAAUAACAAUAUAUCUAUCGUAGGCUCAUUUGUAGUCUAUCUGACUGGACUAUUUGCUAUGUCAAGGCUCUAUGUGGGGUCCUGGAGUUUUAUUCGAGCUACUUAUGGUAUCAUUUUAUUUUUAUCAGAUUUAACACCCAAUGUAGGCAUGUUUUGGUAUUUUUUUAUUGAAAUAUUUGAUCAAUUUCGAUCAUUUUUUAUGGUGGCAUUUCAGUUCCACAUGUUUAUCUUUACUGCACCCAUUUGCAUACGUCUAAGGAAACAACCCAUCUUUGCAAUGACGGUACUUUGUAGUAUUAUGGCAAUAUUUAAAAGUUAUCCAUCUGCCGGUGAUGCCGCCUUUUAUUUAUCACUAGUCUCUAUGCAUGAUGAACUUUUCAAAUAUUGCAGGUAUGGAUUUUUAGUUUCUAAUUUAUUCUUGUAUGCCUCUGUAUUGGCACCUAUUUUUUGGCAUUUAUGGAUUUAUGCAGGCAGUGGAAAUGCAAACUUCUUUUAUGCUAUUACAUUAGUUUAUAAUCUUGGACAAGUCUUACUGUUAAUUGAUUUAGUUUACGCUGCACUUCGAAGAGAAUUUGACUUGGAACAUCCUGAAUCCAUUGGAAAGUUAGUUAUUCAUAAAUAA